AUGGGGUGCCACCAGAGAGGAUACCUUGAAGCCGUUGUCGAGUAUUCUGUCUUUGCUGCUGUCGCUGCUGCUGCCGUUGCUGCUGCCACUGCUGUCGCUGCUGCUGCUUCCUUGGCUGUCAGUUUUGUUGCUUCUAAUUUCGUCAUUGGUUAUAAUAUUUCCUUCGCUGCUGUUGUUGUUGCUGCUGUCGCUGCUGCUGCCACUGCUGUUGCCACUGCUUCUUCCUUGGCUGUCAGUUUUGUUGCUUCUAAUUUCGUCAUUGGUUAUAAUAUUUCCUUCGCUGCUGUUGUUGUUGCUGAUGUCGCCGCUGCUGCCGAUGCUGCUUCCGUUGCUUCUGUUGCUGCUGCUGUCAGUUUCACUUUUAUCAUUAUUUUCCCUUCCUUCUUUGCAUCCGCCGCCGUCACUACUGCUGUCGCUGUCGUUGCCAUUUCCGAUGUUGUCACAACCGAUUCCGUUCGUGCCACUAACUCUGCUGUCGCUGCUGCUUUCGCUUCUGUUAUGGACCUUGUCACAGCCAAUGUUCCUUCUGUUGUUGCUGUUGCUGCUGCUGCUGCUGCCGCCGCCGCCGUGUCUAAAGACCUCCUCUAG